AUGAAUUGUUCCACUUUUAAGGUAGCUAUUGUAGCAUUAGUAGCUCUUUCUGGCAUUUGCUAUUCAUAUCCGCGACACACGGGUAAUUUGAUUUCUGAAGAGCAUGGCAUAGAGGCAAAUAAUCCGUCUAGUUUUGAUGAAGAGAAAAAUAUUUUAGAAGAACAGGAAGGGUCUCCACGCCGAUUAGAUUUGCCUGAUUCGGAAGAUAGUGGCACCGUCAAGCAAUCGGCUCGUUAUGGUAAAAUCUUACAAGGAGCUUGCCAGGUAGUAGAGCAAGAUCACUUAUGUCCUUACAACUUCGAUAAAGAUGAGCAACUAUCAGGUGGUGAAAGUGUAUUUUACACUGCUAUACCAGAGCGCUGUGUCGUAUGCGAUUACAAAAAUUGUUGCCCCGACACUAUUAAAACUUGCGUAGCCCAUGAAGGAUAUAAAAGCAUUUCCUAUAGCUUGUUAAGAGCCGGUCAAAAGUUACCUUUCAAACGAACACAGAAGAAUCGCAUUGGAUGUGGCUGUAUGAAUGGGAUACCCGAAGAACGUGCUGCUGCAUCACCCACUAAUAGAACUCAAUCGGAAACUUCAAGACGCCAUUAG